UUUUCACAAAUUUUCUCUGCAUGGAUUCCCUGAAAAUUUCUAAAACUACUUCUAUACUUCUUGUUCUUGUGCUUCUGAGCUUUGCCAAUACAAGUUACGGGGCAAGAAAGCUAUUUUCGCUGUACAAACCACCUCCUAUGGCCCUUAAAUAUCAUAAGGGCGCAUUGCUACAGGGCAAUAUUAAUGUCUCAAUAGUCUGGUAUGGAACAUUCACUCCAGCCCAAAAAUCCAUUGUUGUUGACUUUCUUUAUUCUUUAAAUCCCAGUGUGAAAAAUGCAAUUUCUUCUGCUAACGAGCCAUCAGUUUCAAAUUGGUGGCAAAAAAUUGGAACCUACAUGAAAAAAGCAGGUAAAAAGCCCACCAAUGUAGUAUUGUCAACUCAAAUUACUGAUGAAAGAUGUUCACUGGGCAAAAGCCUAAAGAAUUCCCACAUCGCCAGGUUGGCUCGCCGAGUGAACCCGAAACCCGGUGAGUUGACACUGGUUCUUACGAGUCAAGACGUUGCUGUGGAAGGCUUUUGCAUGAGUAAUUGUGGGAAACAUGGAUCGGUGAGAAGAUUGAAUUCGUGGUCGGUUUAUAUCUGGGCCGGUAACUCGGUGACUCAAUGCCCGGGUCAAUGUGCGUGGCCAUUUUACAAACCGAUUUACGGUCCACAAACGGAGCCAUUGGGUGCACCCAAUGGUGACGUGGGUGUGGAUGGCAUGGUUGUAAAUAUAGCCAGUCUUAUGGCUGGAGCUGUAACGAAUCCUUUCGGGAACGGCUACUUUCAAGGCCCAGCUGGCGCGCCGCUUGAAGCGGCUUCGGCCUGUCCCGGAGUUUAUGGGAAGGGAGCUUAUCCUGGCUAUGCUGGGGAGCUGUUGGUGGAUAAAACCACUGGUGCAAGCUACAAUGCAGUGGGUACAAAUGGAAGAAAGUAUCUUUUGCCUGCCCUUGUUGACCCUAACACUUCAGAGUGCUCCACCAUUGUGUGA